AUGAAUACAGUCGAGGAGGCUCCCCGUCAGGAAACUUCUGAACAUUUUGUAAAUAAAGUUGAGGAAAAUGAAUUAAAAAAAGAAGAUUUUGUGACGGUAAAGUCUGAAGAAGAUGAAGAAGCCAAAGGUAAUGUCGUUUCAAAACAAGCCUCGGAAGUAUUUGUCAGCGAACGAGUUCAGCUGCAGAACCUACCAGAUUAUUUUAGUUACAAACAACUCAAGUCACUUCUAGCAAAGAAGGUCGAUGGGUGUACCGCCAGGAAAAUUAAGUGUGUUGGUGGAAAGGCAUUUUUUUCUCUUUCCAGUGUAGAAGAAGCGGCGAAAGCUAUUGCAGCUUUGAACGGCUUGGAAGUGAAGAAAGGAAAGAAGCUUACAGCAAAGUAUGCAAAACCCGAACCUCUGCGUGGACGCAACUUUGAACCCGACAAGACAGAGCAGGGGCUGGAUGUGGAUACUCGUUUGCACGUAACUCCACUAGCUAAUUUACCCUACCCGGAGCAAUUGCAGAGGAAGUAUAACGAUGCUAAGCGCCUAGCAUUUUCCCUACUUAAACAGUUUGUGGGUGCGAAUGUAGCUGCCUCAAAAACAAUCAAAACAGAGAAUAUUCUUGAACCAAUACGUCCUUCCCCUCGAGUAACGGCGUAUCGAAAUAAAUGUGAGUUUACAGUAGGUCGCACAGUCGAUGGAGAAAUUUGCGUUGGCUUUGUUAGAGGACGUUUUGCAGAAAAUCAGCAUUAUGUUAUUCCGAUCGACUCCUGUAAUCACAUUUCAGAACAAAUGAAACGGAUCCCUUUUAAUGAGUUCGAUAGGACCGGCGUAUGGAAAAUGUUUACUGUUCGCGAAUUUGGCUGUGAUGUUAUGAUUAUAGUAACAGUAUUUCCCAUGGAGGAUGAAGGUCAAGAAGCGACAUUAAAAGCUGAUGUUUCGAAAAGAUUUUUAAGGCUUAGUAACCUAAAAGAUUAUCGUUUUCGGGUAACUUCUGUAUUUUGGCAAAGGCUAGCGAAUGCUAGUGAUGAAGCAGUUUAUGAGCACAUUGGAGGGACACCUUAUAUUUACGAGUCAAUCUUGGAAACAAGAUUUCGUGUUUCACCUGGAGCUUUCUUUCAAACGAACAGUUCGGGUGCUGAAGUCCUUUAUUCUACUAUACUCGAAAAAUGUGAAUUAAUGCCAGUAAAAAAUCCGACUGUUGAUGAUCAAGAAAAGGUUCUUGAGCCAGGAAAGGAAGAUAAGGAGCUUUUUGAGGAUGCUCCCGAAGAAGUUAAGAGAGUGAAGUUAGCUGAGUAUGACGAGAAGCAGGUAGUUGAAAAUCUUUUUUUUUCAAAUUUGGUGAUUUUUUAUGUCGUUCAGGCUGUGCUUAUGCUGGAUAUUUGUUGCGGCACUGGUUCCAUUGGGAUUUGUAUGUUAAAUGCUUUAAAACAUUCCAAGUCAAACGCGAAGUUUUUUUUGCUUGGUAUUGAAAUGGUUGAAAGUGCGGUUGAAGAUGCUCGUUCGAAUGCUAGCGAUAAUAUGUGUCGCAGUGACGAGUGCAGUUUUAUUGCUGCCAAAGCAGAAGACGUUUUUUCAUGUAUUGACUCCUAUUUACCCCAAAACAUGGAACUGGAUAAGACGACAGUGGUUGGCAUUUUAGACCCACCUCGAGCAGGAAUUCCGGACAAAGUUAUACUUGGCUGUAGAACGUUUUCAAGUAUGCGUAAACUCGUGUAUGUUUCUUGCAAUCCAUCCAUGGCUUCAAAGAACAUUGUGGAUUUGUGCCGACCUACGUCGAAAAAAUUUGCUGGGGAGCCUUUUGCCAUUAAAUCAAUAGUACCUGUGGACAUGUUCCCGCAAACAGUUCACUGCGAGUGGGUCAUUCAGUUGUGUAGAUGA